AGUACAUUAGUUUAAUUUCUUCAAAGUUAUAAUAUGAUGCGGCAAAAUAUGCUUAAUGGAGUUUUCUUUGGCUACCUAAUGGAAAUAAUUCGGGAAAAUGGCAAAAUCAAGUGCUUUGCGUGCUUUACCUACCCUACCCUACAGCCUCUUCUAAAGGCGAAAUCUGUCCCGUGGUUCUGCGUAAUCGGAAGUGGUAGCGCGGCCAUUUUGGAAAUUUACAAAAAAAGCCCGGAGGUCAAUUUCAAAUAACGUACAUACAAGAUGGAAGUUCAUCCGAGAGGCGGGAGUGACGAAACCAUGACCCACACACAAGAACACGAUUUGGAUUCAAAAUUGCUGGGCGCGCGACCGGUGCCCGUUGUAGUGGCCACGGAAACCCACAGUUUUGGGCUCGACGAAAAAGCUCUGGAAGAAAUCUUACUCGACGAAAGCGUAAGGGACAAGAAGGUAGCCGUAGUGUCCGUGGCUGGCGCUUUUAGGAAAGGGAAAUCAUUCCUCUUGGAUUUCUUUUUGCGGUACUUGGACAGGGAGGGAACCUAUCCAGACUGGAUUGGAGGAGAGAAAGAGGCACUGGAGGGGUUCUCUUGGAGAGGAGGAUCAGAGCGAGACACGACUGGCAUCCUUAUGUGGAGCAAGCCGUAUGUUAAGGUUCUCCCUAGUGGUGAAGAGAUCGUUGUACUCUUAAUGGACACCCAGGGUGCAUUUGACAGCACAUCAACUGUGAAAGACUGUGCAACAAUUUUUGCUCUCAGUACAAUGACCAGUUCAACACAGAUCUACAACUUAACACAGAACAUUCAAGAAGAUGAUCUUCAACAUCUCCAGCUUUUUACAGAAUAUGGCAAACUGGCAAUGGAAGAAAGCAACAUUAAGCCAUUCCAGAGAUUGGUGUUCUUGGUACGUGACUGGAGUUUUCCGUAUGAAGCAGAGUAUGGGUCUGAAGGUGGACAUCAAAUCUUGGAGAAACGUCUGCGGUUGACGGAAAAACAGCAUUCUGAACUGAUGCAAGUGAGAAAGCACAUCAAGUCCUGCUUUAGUGACAUUAGCUGUUUCCUGAUGCCGCACCCUGGACUGAAAGUUGCCACAAAUCCCACAUUUGAUGGAAGUCUGAAGGAUAUUGACGAGGAGUUUAAAACCCAUUUACGAGAUCUCACUCCUUCUGUGCUGUCUUCUGAAAACCUUGUUGCUAAGAGCAUAAACGGAGGAGAGGUCACUUGUAGAGGACUGUUGGAGUAUUUUAAGGCUUACAUGAAGAUUUUCCAAGGUGAGGAGCUACCGCAGCCUAAGUCUAUGUUGCUGGCCACAGCUGAAGCAAACAACCUUGCUGCUCUGGCAAGUUCAAAAGAUUCCUACAACAAAAACAUGGAACAUCUGUGUGGAGGCGAUACGCCAUACUUAGCUCCCCACGAACUGGAAAAGAAACACCAGCAAGCCAAGGAAACCUCAUUAGCCAUGUUUCAAGGAACGCGCAAGAUGGGAGGCAGCGAAUUUAGCAAAGAGUACUUGGAAAGACUUCUGAAGGAGAUCGACGAAUCUUUUGAGAACUUUGUGAAGCUCAAUGACGGGAAGAACAUCUUUAACGCCGCGCGCACCCCGGCAGUGUUCUUCACGCUGGUGGUGCUGGGAUACUUUCUCUCCAGUGUCUUCGGUUCGGUUGGUUUGGUGGCGUUUGGGCGCAUGUGUAAUCUGGUCAUAUGGUCUGGUCUGUUAGCGAUAGUAGUAUGGUCGUAUAUUCGGUUCAGUGGAGAGUUUAGGGAAUACGGUGCUAAGCUGGAUCAUGUUGCUGAGCUUAUCUGGGACGAGGCGUUUAUGCCGGCCUACAAUGCAGCAUUUCAGCGUGGAGUGCAAGCAGUAAUAGCUACACAAACACAAUCUACGAGGAAAACCAAAUGAGCAGAGACAAACCUAUUUUAAGGACAAUUUGUAAAUGACAUGAAUCACGGAAAGCUUAAAGCCGCUCUUUGCAGAUUCUUCAAUUGUGACACAAUGCGGAUUGAUACUAUUACUCGUGAAAAAUAGCCGUGGUUUAUCUUCUCAUCGAUUGUGAUGAAGAAAAACUACGGGAAAAUAAAUUAGACAAAAUUGCAGCGGGUUGCUGUGAGGAAAAGAAACGAUGUAAAAUUUUGAUGCUAAUCAGAAGAAACACAAAUAGUGAAGCAAUCACAACCAGUUGAAAUCCAGGGGAGCCGUGAAAAACACGGAAAAGCACACAAGUGGUUUUCCUUAAGGCUCUGCUCCUUAAUUGGUUGAAAAUAUAUAUAUAUAUUUGCGCCGGUUGAUUAGAUCACGUUGGUUACACGUGCUUGAAAAGAUCCUGAAAUACGUCACGGACGGCAUAUCUUUUGACAAAAUUGGCCAUUUCCGUCUUUCUUUCUUUCUUUCUUUCUUUUUUUUUUUUUUUUUCACAAGUUUUGUUCGUUAACUAUUUAAAUCUUCGUUUCGCGGUAACCAUCGUCGUUUAUUUUCCGCUUCUUCGAACUUCUUUCGUUUUCAAAGGACUUUUGUACAUUAGAAAAGUAUGUUUAGUAUCGUGCCGUAACUUCUUUAAAAUCAACUUUGAAUUCUAGGACUCAAGAGCAGAAUCAAAUCAAAUCUAAAAUGGCAUGAUAUCAGAAAGAUGACAUAAGCGGAGGAGUGAGUAACGUGUUUAGGACCAUUUUCUUUUCCCGAGGACAUUCUGAGCCUGCAGUUAUGUGAACUUGGUUGUAGGAGUUGCUAAGUAGCAUGUAAUGAUUCAGGGGAACAAGGCACUGUCGGGGAACAAGAAGCCAUUUUUAGUCAAAAUCCAGGGUUUUCCCUAGGACGUCACCAGGCAACGUGGUGUGUCCUCGUGGAGAUAAGUUGACGUCACGGUUUUUCGAGUGAUCUCGACUGCUUUAGCUGUUUUCUGAUUGGAUAACUGAAAUCAGAAAAGUGUUCGUGUCUUCACGAAGAUUUCCCGAACAGGACUCUUGUUCCCCUACUUACGGUGCGUCAUGUUCAUGUCACAUGCAACUUUGGAGAGUUCUCGGUAUAUUCUUUGUUUGGUGGAAAGUGGUAAUUGCUUUUUUUUGGUUCAGAUUACUAGAAUUUAACUGAAUGCAUGUAGCUCGUAAUUGUUCUAAGAAAACCUUAUUAUAUGAACAGUAGCACGUCAUGUAAAUAACAAAUAAAGUCGAUAUACAGAUAUAUAUAUUGUAGCGUGCAGAUUGGCGCGGGCUAGAAGGGAUGUGAAGAUUUAUAGAGGGAGGGAUGGGUUAGGCUGCUAUUUAUGCACGGCACUUUCCCGGAAAACAAUUGUGCAAAUUUUUAAUUCACUUCUGGGAGAAACAUGUUUUAAGAUAAUGAUUUUUUUUUUGUCGGGUUAUUCACGGCUAUUAGUUUUUGUUAAUUCACUCUUUGUUUAGUAACUUCUGUUAGAAAUAUGCCCUGUGUAAACCCAGGAUAAGCCUACGUGGCUUGCGUGCGAUUAAAUCCUCGUGCGUGACACGUGCCUCCUGCCUCGUGAGUACGCGCGUAAAAAAGAAGUGUACCCGUGUAAUCCGAGCAUUGACUGAUGAAUAUAAUCUUUGCGAAAAAUGUAAAGAAGAAUGGAAGAUUAUUUAAAUCGAAAAUUGCUUCUUCCAAAUAGAAUGUGCUUUAUUUUUAAUGACAUAUAAUUAAAGAGUUCCUUCUCACAGUGCA